GCGCUUCAAGGGGUAAGGCGAGAUAUGAAUUCGAGGGGCAAGGCACUCUCCCACUUUUUUUGCAGGAAAUUUAUAGAAUCUAACAAUGUUUUCCUGGCUUUCCUAGAAUGUCCUGAAGAAAACAAGGUUGGGGUGGAGUAAGGGCCGAGUCCUUGCGGGUAGCCUGUGUCCAAACUUUCAAGUUUGGGUUCAAAUGGGAAAAUUACCACUACCACUGGAACUUGAGUUGCGCGUACUAUCUUGGGUCCCAGCUGAGGAUGUAGCAAGGUUGCAACUUGUGUGCAAGGAUUGGGGUCGCCUUCUCCAUGACCCAACAUUUAGAGCACUAUGGGAACGACAGAAUGGCACAAGUUCUUUCUUGUUACAUGUAAAACGUCACGCGAGAGAUAGCCUAGAAGUGCAAUUUCGCUACUGCAAAUAUGAUCCAUCAGAAAACAGGGCUUGCUUGAAACAGGUACCUCCUUCAUUACGGUCUUGGUUUGCACCAGAUGGUUCAGAGCCACUCUUGGCUGGAGGGGGCCUCAUUUUGUGCUGGUUUCCAAGGGUGUCGGGUUCAAGCGGACUUGUCGACAGCACCAACAGGGAGUCCCCUUUCCUAGUUGGGAACCCGCUGACACAAGAAUGGGUAAAGAUUCCUGGACUUGAAGUUCCUCUGUAUUAUAGCAAGCGAAUGCUGACUACAUAUUUCGAUGAGGGUCAGAUGUUCUUCAGGAUUUGGCUUGAGCCAUAUUCGUUUGACUCUAAAGUCGGCAUUUGGACAGUUCCUCGUGCUGUGGUCUUCGGAAUGUGCUCGUACAACAGCGUAUGCGUCAAAGGGGUGCAUUAUGCUCUUGCACGACUUCAUCAAUAUGCCGCACUUGUGCUGCUGGAAGUUGAUUUUGCGGACAUUAGCCGCUCGAAAUGGGCGUAUGCAUGGGACUUAUCGGAACUUGAGGGGACCUACGAAGAUGUGUACAUGCUGGAAGUUGGACCUGGUGAGAUUGGUAUAUUUACACAAAAGAUGGAGUGGAUGGAGUAUACAACGGUUAUGGUGUUAGAUAGGCAGCAGAACGAUGAUGGAGAUUUAGAGUGGACAUGGAAAACAGUGUCGACCUCACCUGAAGAAGACUUUGAAACGGGACCAGGCAUAAUCCAGACUUCUGAAUGCCAGACGCAUGGGAAGGAUACCUUCUGCGUUGCGGAGCAAGGGAUUGUGAGAUUCGAUUCUCAAAACUUGACAUGGGAAUGGGUUGAGAAGGGGCAGCACUUGGAAAGAGUUAUGGAGAAACUGCUCCUUUUGGAACCCAACUUGGCAGCUGUGCCUAGCUUGGACUUGAAGUCAGCCUGUGCCAGCCGGUUUCGAAAGGUCUGCUAUGUGGGUCAUCCUGUGGAGCACGAAUUCUCAGACUUGAAAGCUCUCUGGAAGCCAGGCUUGUCAUGGCAAGAGAUUGGAGAAGUAGCAAUUGAUUGGAAAGAAGGUGGUAAGUACAACAUCUUGUUUGCUAGAGAAGCCUAGUUUGGUUUAUAUGGUGAUCUACGUGAUGCAGUAAUACCACUUGAGGCAACUGUUUAGAGUAACAGUUUCCAAGUACCUUGGAACCUGCCUCAACAAAAUUCGUAUGAUAAAAAUUCCAAACCCUAAGCUUCUGACGGUAUAUGCUUAAAAAGUUCGGCAGAGGUAACUGAAUAUUCAACUGAAAUAAAUUCAAGAACGGAAUAUGCCCGA